AAGAAGGCUUUGAUAGAUCAAAGCAGGCAGCCAGUGACGUUACACGCAGUUCUUGGUCCGAAGAAAACUGUUUAAAGUAAAAAACAAACAAACGAUAAAAUAAAUAUAAACUCUGUUUGAGGUGGAAGCAGCGAUUUCUAAUCCAAGCUACCUCAACCAAAGAAGAAGCACAGAGGCGAGCGAUCCGUUGCAACUGAUGCCUGUGCUCAUUCCUGGGAGAAAGGAUGCCGCCAAUGGGGCACUUACACAUGGAACAUGUCCUGCAGGCAGUCAGUGUCCUGGAGGCGGUGAUCCUUCGCAGUUUUGGCCCUGAAGGAGGACAGGUGCUGUUCACACGAGACACAGGACAGGCGAUGUUGAGCCGCAGUGGGACACGCAUUCUCACGGCACUACAUCUGGAGCAUCCGUUGGCCAGGAUGGUGGUGGAGUGUGUCUGGAAGCAUAGCUCUUCAACAGGCGAUGGAUCCAAAACCUUUAUCCUGCUGCUGGCAUCAUUGCUACGGUUGAUUCAUGCAGCAGCCAGCAAGGAGUCUAAUGUGUCUCACUCUUAUAACUCAACAAAAGCAGCAGAGGCUGCCACUGCCAGACACUUGGCUGACAAACUGCUAGCAUUUGGGUUGAAGGAGUUGGAUGAGCUCAUUGCUACGGGAGUGGUCCCUUAUGGAGGCUGCAUUUCGUGGGAAGAUUUCACUGUGGAAGGACAAACGCCGUCUCUCACAAACAAUCUCUGUGUUCAAAAGUUGCUAAGAUCAUUUUUUCACACACGCUGUGGUUACACGCACUGUGACUUCAGUAGUCACCUCACAUGUGAGCUGCUCAGUCACUGGAAGUUUAAAAAUCAACUACCUUCAUUUUCUCUGCAGCUUGUAAGCGACUACUUCCCUGCCCUCCAUACACCUGUGUCUGGCUUUCCUGUCCGCUCUUCACGUUUAAUCAAGGGGCAGGUAAUCCACAGGGACUUUGCCACGCCACCGCUUAAGACUGACGACCAGCCAGUUAAAGCUGUAGUUCUCACCGGGUUGCUGCAACCAACAUUGCUCAACACAGGAGACGUGCUUGAGUUGGGAUAUGGAGGCAGAAUGAAGGAGGAGAGAAGUAUUUUACUCUUUAGCUCCUGGAUGGAAAGCUCACUGCAGGGUGUUAUUGCGAAGCUGCAGUCUUUGGGUGUUUGUGUGCUUCUGUCUGCAGUAAAACAGUCUGCUGCUGUCCUGGCUUUAGCCACACAGGCAGAGAUGUGCCUUGUGGAGUGUGUCAGUGAAGAUGAACUUUCUCUGUUUUCCCAGCUAAGUGGAACUACCCCAAUCUGGGACUGUUCGAUGAUUGAAUCAGAGCACGUAGCCACACUGGCUUUUUGCCGGCCGAUACAGCUCGGAGCCCACAGGUAUGUCCAUGUGGCUUUCCAGGACUCGGAAGAAAGAAUCACCAUCAAACCCUGCAGUCUGAUCAUCUGUGCCCCAGGGGAAGGACAGAUUGAACAGUAUGCAUGUGCUUUACAAGAUGCCAUUCGCAUGCUACUUAGAAUGUGGGAACCCAUGCAUGCAGCUGCAACCACAACAUCAAAGAGAACCCUGCAGUCACAUAAAAGCGCAUCUUUACAUACAGAUAAUCUGACUGAGCAAACUACAUACAGAUCCACCGCUAUACAGCCCAUUCAAAAGUGUGUGUUAAAGUCAGGCUGUGUUAUAUCUGCUGGUGGGUUAUUUGAGCUUCUCUUACACCAUGCCCUCCUACAACAUGGACAUAGUUGCUCAGUUUCUCCUGACCUAAAUAUAGAUGCUUCUGUUUCCCAGCUCUUGGCAAAUGCCCUACUGAGCGUGCCUCAAAAGAUUUACUCUCACAGUCCGCGCCAUUUCCUGGAGUCUCAAAGAAGGGUCAUAAGUUUUCUAAGUAAGUUUCCAAAUUAUUCCCACCCUCUUACCCUUGUAUAUAAACGAGAAAGUACUAUAAGCCCUAUACAGGCCGAAGGGCCUCUGGGGGAUGGUAAACUAAGCUUGCAUUGUUGUAGAGAGGGUGACAAAUUUUCAAAAGUUUCAGAGUUGGACCUGGGCCUUGAAUCUGUCUCUUGUAAAUACCAGCUACUUCUUGCCGUAUUGCAAUGUGUCGCAAGUCUCCUUAAGGUGGACACUGUCCUGCCUACACACACUGCUUUACACACACAGUCACGUAGAUUCGCCAGGACUUCCUGGGAGGGCACAGAGGACGAAGGCGAGGACUGAGAUUGUGUCUUAGUUAAGAUAAAAGCCAUAAACAUAUUUUCUCUCAGUGCUCCCUCAUGUCGAAGAUGGAGUAAAUACUUAGCACUUUAAUACAUUUUUGGCACAGUGAUUUUUCUAUACCCACAAGAUAUAUCCAACUAUCUGUCCAUUCUCUUCCACUAAUCCUUGUCAGGGUCACGGGGGAACUGGAGCCUGUCCCAGCUACCAUAGAGCAGGAGGCAGGGGACACCCUGAACAGGUCGCCAGUCUGUUGCAGGGCUACAUACAUAGAGACAGAAAACCAUUCACACUUACAUUCAAACCUAUGGACAGUUUAGAAUGAUCAAUUAACCUAACCCCACUAACUGCAUGUCUUGACUGCAUGACUGUGGGAGGAAGCCGGAGAACCUGGAGAGAACCCCUCCAAACACAAGGAGAACAUGCAAAACCACCUGCCAGAGAUGAGAUCAAGAAAAUUUAGAUAGGAUGGGUGUAGUAGACCACUACCUAUAAAAGUAGGGGCCCCAGAGGGUCCGGUGGGCUUGCCUUUGGUUGUAUUCAAGUCUGUCUGUCUAUCGCUUAACCACAGCAUGGGGUACUUUUUGUCCAUUUUUCGUCUAUGCUCCAAUUAGUAUGCUCUUGACAUGUCUGGUGAGGGACAGAAAAACUGACAAAUGAACCGAAACUGGGGAAAAGCUAAGGAUAACAAAUAACCUGUGGAUGGAAACAUGGGCAAGGGAUGAGGAACCAGCAGACAUGGGGAAACAGGCAGAAGAAACACAGCGACGCACAAGGAACGACACGCAGACAGACCAGCAAGGAGCAGAAGGAAGCACACACUAAAUAUACACACAAGGUAACGAGGGAAAUGCACAACAGGAGGGAGACACAGCUGAACCUAAUUAGACAUGACGAGGCAGGGAGGAAGCAAAACAGAAUAUGCUGACAAAGGACAAGGACUAUCAAAAUAAAACAGGAAGCUUGACAGAGGAAAUUCAAAAAAACUAGAGGUGGGACACAGGGAAGACGUAGUGACAGAGGACACCAACUCUAGACAUAUAAGCUAAAACGCAGUGACUGGGGAGACAUGGGCAACAGAGACUUAACACAGGCAAGGAUAAAUACCAAGGGAAGAAGAACUAAGAUCACUAAGACUUAAGAAAUAAAGAUAACCAAACCCAGGAAUACAAUACUCAAACAUAUUAACACAGAACAUGAAACACAACCGUGGCAGCUUUCCCUCUUAAACCACAGCCUUCCCUUAGUGUCUUAAAAUAUCUUUUCCUGUGAUUCCUGUCAUGAAGCUGUGUCUCCAUGUUUUUUGCGUGUUUUGGUUUAGAAAAAACUUGAGUUUAUUCUAAUGUACUAAUAUAAUUCUAUUAUUAUGAUAUAGCAAGUUUCAGUUAGCUUUGCACAAAAAUAGCGAGUAGAAAUGUCAUUGAAAUAUCUAAUUUUACUCUCUUUACUAUUUUGAGUACAUUGCAGAGCCUGUACUUUUCACCUUUACGUAAGUAAAGAAGUUGAAUCAGUACUUCAGAGUUUACUGGAGCAUUUGUUAAUGCUAGUAUCUGUAAUCUGCUGCUCAGAUAAAUAAAAUGUUUUAUUUCAAAAAAUAAAAUUGACUUUCCUUUUUUACCUGACCUGUAUUCUCUUUUUCACUAAAUAUUUCUUAUUACUUGUUGUAGUGUGAGCUAGAAAUAAAGGCUGGGCGAUGUGAGGAAAAUCUAUUAUCACAAUAAUUUUUUGGCUAUAUCAUGUCUGAUCUCCCUUGUUCUC